AUGACCGGCGAAUUUGAACUUGAAAACAACUACCAGAUUUGCGACGAAAUCGGCCGAGGUCGAUUCGGAACAAUCACUCGCUGUUUCUCGCCGGUGACUAAAGAAUUCUACGCCUGCAAAACGAUCGACAAACGCUCGCUCGUCGACGCGCUGGAUCGCGAGUGUAUAGAGACGGAGCCCAGGAUCAUGGCUAUGCUACCGCCGCAUCCGAAUAUCGUCAGGAUCUUCGAUCUCUUCGAAUCAGAUGAUUCUCUCGCGAUCGUCAUGGAGUUGGUCGAUCCGCCGAUGACGAUCUACGAACGAUUAGUCUCCGUCGGAGGACGGUUAUCCGAAUCAGAAGCCGCCUCGUACGCGAGACAGAUCCUCCGCGCGCUAGCUCAUUGUCACCGGCGCGGCGUCGUUCAUCGAGAUGUGAAACCGGAUAACGUUCUAGUCGAUCUCGGAAGCGGCGGCGUUAAGCUCUGCGAUUUCGGAUCAGCCGUGUGGCUCGGAGAUGAGAAGACAGAGACGGCGGAGGGAGUCGUCGGGACGCCGUACUACGUGGCGCCGGAGGUUGUGAUGGGGAGGAGGUACGACGAGAAGGUGGAUAUAUGGAGCGCGGGGGUUGUGAUUUACACGAUGCUAGCUGGAGAGCCGCCGUUUAACGGUGAGACGGCGGAAAAGAUCUUCGAAACGAUACUGAGAGGGAAUCUGAGAUUUCCGCCGACGAAAUUUGGAUCGGUAUCAGCAGAAGCGAAGGAUCUCUUGAGGAAAAUGAUCUGCCGCGAUGUUUCCCGCCGAUUUUCCGCAGAAGAUGCUCUUCGUCAUGCAUGGAUGAUGAACGUUGGAAACCUUCAAAGCAAUUAA